AUGUACAUUGGCAAGAGCCGGUGGCAAGCGCCGACCGGUACGGUGCCCAAUAACAUGGCCAACCGGCAGUUUGCAGCCGUUCAUUUCUCGGUGUGGGAAAUACAGGCUCGUGACCAACGAACAAUUUCCAUGAUUCAUGGAAUCGCGAAUACUGCAGGCCAUCCCGGUCUAAAUAACCCCACCGGAAUCCCGAUAUUAUUGAGAUUCGGCUUGCCUUUGAUUGGGAUCCCUGUAGAGAUGGCUACCACUGUUCAAUUGUUGGAGUAA